CGGAGCGGGGCAGCGCCGGCAGGACCCAGAAGGAGACAAUGACUACUGACGGGGCUCCCAAAGAAGAUGGAGGGGGUCCAGUCACAGCUCUGGCAGAACGAGGGGAAGACAUCACUCCCAAAAAGGACCGAGGCGUACUGAAGAUUGUCAAAAGGGUGGGGAACGAGGACGAGAGGCCAAUGAUUGGAGACAAGGUACACGUCCACUACAAAGGAAAAUUGUCCAACGGGAAAAAGUUUGAUUCCAGUCGGGACAGAAACGAACCGUUUGUCUUCAGUCUCGGCAAAGGCCAGGUCAUCAAGGCCUGGGACAUUGGCGUGGCCACCAUGAAGAAGGGAGAGAUCUGCCAGUUACUCUGUAAGCCCGAGUACGCCUACGGGGCAGCGGGCAGCAUCCCCAAGAUCCCAUCCAACGCGACCCUCUUCUUUGAGAUCGAGCUCCUCGAUUUCAAAGGAGAGGAUCUGUUUGAAGAUGGAGGCAUCAUCCGGAGGAUCAAGCAAAAGGGAGAAGGUUACUCAAACCCGAAUGAAGGCGCGACUGUAGAAAUUCACCUGGAAGGCUACUGCAGCGGCCGGACCUUCGAUUGCCGAGAUGUGGCAUUUGUCGUCGGGGAAGGGGAAGACCACGACAUUCCCCUCGGCAUUGACAAGGCUCUGGAGAAGAUGCAAAGGGAAGAGCGAUGCAUUCUGCACCUCGCCCCGCGGUAUGGGUUUGGAGAGGCAGGGAAGCCAAAAUUUGACAUUGAGCCCAAUGCUAAGCUCAUAUAUGAAGUCACACUGAAGAGCUUCGAAAAGGCCAAAGAAUCCUGGGAGAUGGACACCAAAGAGAAACUUGAGCAGGCUGCCGUUGUCAAAGAGAAGGGAACAGUGUACUUCAAGGGAGGCAAGUACAUGCAGGCCGUGAUUCAGUACGGGAAGAUCGUGUCCUGGUUAGAAAUGGAGUACGGCUUAUCGGAGCAUGAGUCCAAAGCUUCUGAAUCCUUCCUGCUGGCAGCAUUUCUGAACCUGGCCAUGUGCUAUCUGAAGCUGCGGGAGUACCCCCGGACCAUCGAGUGCUGCGAGAAGGCCCUGGGGCUGGACCGCGCCAACGAGAAGGGCCUGUACCGGAGGGGCAAAGCCCGGCUGCUCAUGAACGAGUUUGACUUGGCCAUAGAGGACUUUGAGCAAGUGCUGAAGGUGAACCCUCAGAACAGGGCCGCCAGGCUGCAGAUCUCCGUGUGCCAGAGGAAGGCCAAGGAGCACAACGAACGGGACCGGAAAGUCUACGCCAACAUGUUCAAGAAGUUUGCUGAGAGAGAUGCUAAGGUGGAGGAGGCCAGUAACCCAAGAGGCUCAGCCUGCCAGAAAGGAGAAGAAGAUCAAGUGAUGGACGACAAGGACAUGGAUGGCCAUGUAUGACAGGGCAUCAGAGAGAGAUAGCGAGAGAGAGAGAGAGAGCGCCAGCCUUCCCAGCGAACUCAGCCCCCUUCUCCAUGGGCUUCUACAGAACUCAGGACUAAGCAGUGUUUAUCACAGAGUUUGCCGCCGCCUAAGUGGCCCGGGAAAGGGAUGAUUGACCCGGCCACUUCCCGAGAAGCCCAGUGAUGUUGCUGCCGCCCCAGCCCCAGCGGAGAGGGAGGUGGACCCACCCCCGGGGCCCUGCGGAUCGCUGGUAGAGGUCGGACCGCCACGGGAUCAGUCCGGCUCGUUCGGUCCUCGUCUCUUCCCUGGGGUCCUCCAGGAGCAGCGUGUCCCCCCCCUCCGCCUGAACACCCCCCGUGCCCCGGGCAGCCAGCCGGUUACUCAGACCUGCGUACCGGGCUUCCUCCUCGGUUCUUGGGAUGGUUUCGUUUUUAAACGCACCAAAGUGCUCCCAAUACAGCGUUUUAACCAGUAGAACAGCUCUGGCAGAGCAUCAGGUGGAUGCUUACCACCGGCUCCCCGCAGCCCGCAGGGCUUCAAAGUGGGAAGGGGCCGGAACGGGCCCUCCGCCGCUCCCUCCCGCCCAGCCUCCACGGGGCCUUGGCCAAAGGGAGUUUGGGAUCGGUGGCUUCCCUGGGAGAGGUCCUUUACCUUGGAAAGGUGAAAAAAUAGCAUUCUGAGUUCGGAAGGCGCUCUUCUUUUUCCUUCGACGUCUCUCCGGCCUUUUAGGAAACGAUGUCAAAUACAAUACCUCCUGCCAGCAUCGCUACUGUUCGGUUCCUCAUUUCUACUCUAACCCGUAUUUUGGAGAACGAAUAGCUUGAUCUUAUUAUGGUAGCAGUCCCUGGGUGAGGUUAUUUACCCAGCUGUAUAAAAUUGGUGCAGCUUUUUUUUCUCUGUUGUUAUUUAAAAGUUUACCAGAGUGCAAAAAUAUAUAUUGAUUUUUCAA